AUGUCUGGAUAUUGUGUAGGGUUUCUAGCCAAAUAUUUCGAUGUUUGGUCCCACUAUCUGAUAGCAUUACUCGUGGGAAUGAUAGUGGCUCAGUUGGAAAGUUUGGCGUAUUGUUUUGUGAGAAAACAUCAAAUAAUUGCAAAUAUCACAAAAAGACAUUUGAUUCCCAAGAAUGUGAAUGACGCAAUCACUAUGAUUUCGCCAUUUUUCCCAAUAUUUGGAUACAUGGCAUUUUGUAAUGCAGGCAUGAAGAGAGAAAAUCAAAUGGGUUAUGUCAGAAAGCACCACCCUGAAUAUAUCGAACAAUUUUCUUCCCUUCAAAACUUUACCAUCUACGAAGGAAACUUCUGGUUCUUCCUAAUCAUCUCACUCAGUUUUUUUGGUGGAAUAUUCUGUGGCUGCAUCUACACAUUCACAACUAUUGACAUGUUCCAAAUGCUCCGAAAAUCCCGAAGAAAGAUCUCUGCGACCAACUUCCGAAGGCAUCGAUCUACUGUAAAGAGUCUCCUGGCACAGUUUGCAGCUUCCUCACUGUUGCUUAUCCCAUCAUUCUGCUUUUCGGUAGUUAUUAUGACUGGAAUCGAACAAUCUCAAGGAAUAGUGCAUGUGAUUUUGGCAAUAUUUUCAUUGAGAUCGUCCGUGAAUGCCGUGGUGCUCAUAGCAACAACUCCGCCGUUCAGAAAGUUUGUGAUGAGAAAAACUUCAUCGAACAACUUGGUGAUUGCCACAGUUGCUAUCUCGAUGAGUCGGAACUCGUGGAGCUGA